GGGGCGAGACGACGGGUCCAGAAUACUCGCUACGCUCGAUCCACGCAUCGGGUCACACACGCGCUAAAGGGACGCUUGCGUAGUGCCUUAGUUUCAGCCAGGAAGGAAGGAAGAGAGAAGAGGCGCCGUCCCUUCAGCGUGCCCUCGACCCAGCUUCUGUUUUCUCAAUCAGAGGAUCGAAAUUCAGAGCAACAAGAUGAAGACGAUUAUAGUAUUCCUGUUGAUCUCCUACCUGUCCGCGUGUCUGGCGAAUCCGUUGGAGAAGCUCGACAAGAUCAGCGUCCUCGAGCAGCAGUCUGUGACGCUAACGGAUCGAGCGAAAUACGAGGAGGAGUUGCUUCGUAAAUUGAACUCCAAGUGCUCUCAGAACGACGUGAGUAGCUGCGUGAUGCUGAAGCUUGUGACGUACAUGAACAAACUGCUGAAGAAGGCAUCGAUCGAGUUGACCGACGACAUCGAGAUCAGAAAAACUAGCCAAGCGUCCGAGGAGGUGAUCACAUUCGAAGCUGGUAGAAGCAAAGACGACGAAUCCGAGGUCCUCGACCUUGUUGCGAACAAGGUGUACGCGUUCGUCAAGUCUAGAAGCAUCAAAUGGAGGAUUCUUCCAGAAGACGACGUUGUUGUUUCCGCCUCGGAGGAUGAAAAUGGCUCGUUGAAUCUAGGCCUGUCCAUCGAACGAGCGGAUAAUGUUCCUGUUCAGGAUGGUCGUGGGAAGAAGAACAAUAACAUGGGGCCGCUGAUCGCUGCUGCGGUGCUGAAGAUCGGUCUGAUCGGUGGCUUGGCAUUCAAGGCACUCGCACUGUUGGUCGGCAAGGCGCUUCUUCUCUCCAAGAUCGCUCUCCUCCUGGCUGGUAUAAUCGGCCUGAAGAAAUUGUUCUCGCAACAGAAGCACGUGACGUACGAAGUGGUCGCACACCCUCAUCACAGCUCCAGCCAUACCUACAGUUCGGACCAUGGACACGGUGACAGUUACUCGAGCGGAUGGGCCAGAAGUUUCCAUGGUCAGAGCCCGAUUUCCGGGCAAACGGACGCCCACGAUUUAGCUUACUCGGCCCAUGCUAAAUGAUGACGAGUUCGAAGAUCCGAAUUCGUGGUACCUGAUUCGAACCUAACUGGCUUUCGUCUGCUAGACCGAGUCGGGUCCUCGGUGUCCAUCGAUUCUUGCCAACACGUUCUUGCCGUUAGAUUUAGUAUUUCAUUUUCUCUUUGACUCCGUCUUUCUCUAAUUCUUCCUACCUGUUCUUCGAUCUUUCUCACUGACCGUUUUCAUUUUUCUUCCUCGAACGAUAUCUUUGCUUUCUUUGACCAUCAACCGACUGACAAUUGACCGGACUAUGUUUCGACUGACACAACAUUUGACUUCAUUCAUCCAUUGUUUCCAGAAAUGUUUGAAAAAUUCAAUCAUGCUUCGAACGACCGACGGACGAACAAGACGUUCCCAUCGACGCGACAAACGGACGUAUACGCUUUUCUCUAAUUACACUUCGUUUAUCAACUAAUUUAUGAUUAACUUAUUUGUCCGUCCCUCCAACGAGGGAUAAUGAUUGUACAAUAAUGUUGUUUUUAUGUUAUUUUUUUUUUUACCUGUAUAAAUAAAUAUUUAUUUCUUUUUU